CCCCAGAAGUGUCUUGUUUCUCCCAUAGCCACAGCCUUGGGAUUCAAACAGAAAUAAAGCAUUGCUUGCAUGACUGCCAAGUCCAAAGAAAUGUUUGAAUUCAUGCUCCAUUAGUAAGACACAAUCAUGAACAACUUGUAGAAAGGGUGGAUCUCCAAUGUCUGAAAAUUCAGAUGGUGUGUAAAAAGAAGCAAUGCAAGAAAGAAAGAAGAGGUCAGCCUCUGGUCAACUUUUGGUACAAAUGUCUGAUUAACCCCUUCACCUUUUCUGAUUAAGCUCCCGUAAUAGCAACCUUUUCCUGGAUUAUUCUUCCCCGUUCUUUCCAUUCCCUCUUUGUAUCAUUGAAGCUUUAAAGGCCUCUAAAUGGGUCUGAGAUCAGAUUAGAAGGCUAUAAUUGGCUUCGAAAGAUCUCCCCCAGUGCUGCUUAACGUGAUUUGGAUGUCUAUUGUGAAAACAGAAGGGAGCCAGGAGCCGGUCCUGUAGCAACCACCAGUGGGAGAGGGCGGCUGCUGCUGCUGAGGGUCUCCCUGUGGUCCACCUCCACGCAGAAUGGGAAGCAAUGGCAGCAGGACACUGGAUGACCUGCAGACGUUGGAGAUUCACCACUGGUACAAGAAGUUCAUGACGGAGUGUCCCUCCGGGCAGCUGACGGAGCAUGAAUUCAAGCAUUUCUUUGGACUCCGAGGCCUGGACCCAGAGGCCAACCAAUACAUUGAGCAGAUGUUCCACACCUUCGAUAUGAACAAGGAUGGCCAUAUUGACUUCAUGGAGUACGUGGCUGCCCUCAGCCUCAUCCUGCGAGGAAAGAUGGAGCAGAAGCUGCGCUGGUACUUCAAGCUCUACGAUGUGGAUGGAAACGGCUGCAUUGACCGCAGUGAGCUGCUCAAUAUCAUCCAGGCAAUCCGUGCCAUCAAUGGCUGCGACCACGAGACGAGCGCAGAGGAAUUCACCAACCGUGUCUUCAACAGGAUUGAUGUCAACGGCGACGGUGAGCUCUCUCUGGAGGAGUUCGUCGAAGGCGCGAGGAAAGACGAGGAGUUCAUGGAGGUGAUGAUGAAGAGCCUGGACUUGGAUCAUAUCGUGUCCAUGAUCAACAGCCGGCGGCGAAACAGCGUCUAGCGGCUGGGCAGGAAUGCAGGGGGGGGGAGUGAGCUUCCUCAGGUGUUGGAAGCAGCAGAGAAUACCUGGAGGAGGAGGAGGAGGAAUCCCGGAGGGUAGAUGCGUUUGGUGGAAUGGGAGCAAGGUGCAUUUGCAGAACAAGCAAAAGAGCAUGACCUGAAUGGAUAAGUGGUCCACAGGCCAUUUUCUCCCCGUUCAUUUGCUCUCCUGACUGCCUAGACGUGGGAGGUUAAGCCAGUCUGUUCUCAGAACCGCAGGCUGGGUGUGGGACCUCCUAGUUUUACGAAUGCAGCACACUCUGUAUGGACUACUAGGGUAUCCCAUGCGUGGAAGAGUAGCUUUUAGAUAUCUUCAGGGAAGAAGUAGGAGGUUUCUAGGCAGCCACGCUUCUCCUUUUCUCAAGACUCUCGCAGUUAGGUUAGUUGCUGGAGCAGGUCACGAUGGGGCUCUUGAUGCACAGUGAGUGAAGCCACCUCUGCCAGCACAAACACACCUGUCUGUGCAUGUCCACCUCCCUUGGCCACUGGCUGCGAAGGAUCACCUUUGCGGUGCCUGCGGGCUCCUUUCCAGGAGGAUGAGCCAACCAGAAAGGAGAUGAGGCUGCCUCAAGCAGUGAAUAUGGGGGGGGGGCAUUCAGGGUGCCAAGUUGAGCCGUGGGCCUAGUCCAGGAGUCCCCUGGCACAAGCCUGGGAGAUGCCCAGGAGUCCAGAAUGAAUUGGGCCCUCUUAGUGGGAGUGGGAGAAAAGCAAUGACAAACCUAGACAGCAUCUUAAAAAGCAGAG